UAAAAAUUAAACGAAAUGUAAGACGAUCCAACAUUAUUUACAACACUAAAAGGACAUAAAGAUACAAUAACAGCAUUGUCAUUUCAUCCUGGAUUGUAUAGUAAUAAAAAUAUAAUAGAAAAUCGAUUGCUUCAAGUUCUAAUGAUGGUGUAGUAUCAGUAUGGUAAUUGAAAUAGCCAAGAAAGAUAUAUAGAUUUAUGGGUCAUAAAGGAUAAGUAAGUGAUGUUUAAUUUUCUCCAAAUGGUUUAUUAAUAGCCUCAUGUGCUAAAGAUGAGACAAUUAGACUUUGGAAUAAUACAGUAGAGGGAAGUUCAGUAUCAAUAAAAGCACAUUCAGCACCAGUUAGAAGUGUUUAAUUUUCUUGUGAUGGUUAAUUAUUAGUAAGUUCUAGUGAUGAUAAAUCUGUAAAAGUAUGGAGUGUAAAUGAUCGUAAAUUUUAAUAUGGAUUUCAGCAUACAAAUUGGGUUAGAAGUGCUGUAUUUUCAUAAGAUGUAAGAUUAAUAGCAUCUGGAGGGGAUGAUAGAGCAGUUAUAAUAUGGGAUUGUGAUUCAAAAAAAGAGGCUUAAAGAUAUAAUGAACAUAUAGGAGUUGUAUAUAAAGUCUAAUUUUCACCUGAUUCAACAAUCUUAGGAUCAUGUUCACAUGAUAAAAAGUUAAAAUUAUUUGAUGUAAGAUCAAAAAGAGUUAUCUAACAUUAUGAUGCACAUGCAGAUUCUGUAUUAGAUUUAAAAUUUCAUCCAUCUGGAUAAUUUGCUAUGACAUCUGGAGCUGAUAGUAAAGUUAAAGUUUGGGAUCUAAGAAUGGGAAAAUUAGCAUAUACUCUUUAUGGUCAUAAUGGAUAAGCUACUACAUGUGCAUUUUCUAAUCAUGGAGAUUAUUUUGCUACUGGAGGAUCAGAUAGCAUGAUUUUAGUUUGGAAUACUAAUUGGGUAUGCAGUGGUUAAGAAUCUUUAGAUGAAAAACCUAAACCUAUUAAAACUAAACCUAUUUAAUAAACAUAAUAAUAAUAAUCAUAAUAAUAAACAUCACAAUAAAAAGAAAAUGUUUAAUAAACUAAUAACUAACUACCUAAAUAAAAAGAAACUGUAUUAUAUUCUAAUGCAGAUAAUAGUCUACAUAAAAAAAGUGAAUUUAAUUAAAGUUUAUAAUUAUAGAAAGAAGAUGUUCCAACUGAAGUUAUUACAUAAUUAGACAAUAUAAGUGGAUAAUUAGAAUUAAUUACAAGGUUUCUAUUCUAUUUAUUUUAGAACUCUCUAAGCACUCGAAUAAAGAGUUUCCAAUAAUGAAUAAUAAAUUUGUAGACUUAAUCUUGCCUUAACAAGAGAUUUUGAAAGAAGUGAGUAAAUUUAACACUAAAUUUAUGAUCUUAAACCUUUAGAACAAUAAGUCUAAGAUUAAGAAGAAGAAGAAGAUAAUAUUAAUUAUAUCAAAUUUCAUCGUGCAGCAAACAAUUGA